AUGUCGUCCUCCAGGAUUGGCGGGUUCGCCCUGACCAUCCCCAUCAUCUCAGUCGCCGUCGGAUCCCUUGGUUACGCCGCUUGGCGCAUCGACUGGCCUGCCUUGGUGCAGUCCUUUCUAACGGGCCCAGGCCGGACGUCACGGCUCCUGCUGCUAUUCUUCAUUGUCUUCAACUGGAAGACGCUCCCGCUUGCCUGGACUUACCGCAUCUUCUACGCCAUGCUCUACCACAUGGUCUUCCGCAAAGCACCAAGACUUGGCCCUCGUGCCCUGUUCAAGCCCAUGAUUUCCGAAACAAAAGCUCCGCUACUGGAGAUAGACUACAACAUUCACAAGUCCAACUCGACCUACUUCGCCGACCUCGAUAUUUCACGAACACACCUCUGCGCCUACCUGCUGCGGCCUGCCAUCCGCAACAUGUCCAACAACCAGAAGACGAGGCUUGUCCGUGACCCGCGCACCCGCGAGCCUGUUAAGGGCAACUUUGCCAUUGCACUGGGCUCCGUCAUGUGCAGCUUCAAGCGGGAGAUUUCUGCCUACCAGUCCUACGAGCUUUGGAGUCGGGUCGCUGCCUGGGACCGCAAGUGGCUAUACAUCGUCACCUAUUUCAUGCCCAAGGGCGCUGCCAGGCCUACCGAAUGGCUCGACCCCCGUUUCCGCCGCGUUCGCACCAGAGACCACAAAGACGCCACCAGCGGAUGGGAGAAGAAGAUUCACGCCACAGCCAUGAGCAAGUACGUUUUCAAGGUCGGCCGCUUUACCGUUCACCCCGCCAUCGUGCUCGCGGACGCCGGUCUGCUGCCUCCCAGACCCGGUGGAUGGCAGAGUGGUGAGAAUUAUGUGGGCGACGAAUCGGUGGACCUAAGCGACGUGGACUUGUCGGUUGAUGGCGAAUGGGACUGGCGCCGGGUCGAGGCCCAACGCCGCGAGGGCAUGAAGCUGGCAGCAAAGUUCCACGCCCUGGACGAACUCCACGAUACGUUUGACGGCGGCAACUACGGCGCCCUGGCCAGAUUCGGACCUGGCUAA